AUGGCAAUCACGGCUGCAGAAACGAAUGAAAAAAUUCCAGACCUUCAUGCUACUGUGCUGCAGUCUGCUAACAAAAAUGAAUUUUUCAGUCCAUCAACCAAAAAACUACUUGAUACCAUCGCUGAAACUUCUGCUACAGCAAACAAAGUGCAGCCUCCAGUGACCACAGCAAAGAGAGCCUUGGUUUUUGGAACUAUACCUCCUAAAAUUGGAUCAAAUUCUGCUAAAGCUAUUACACCUGCCUCACUGCCCACCAAUGCACUCUUAGCUUUCGCUCCAACUAAUCUUGCACCAAGAAGUCCCUUGAAGAAGCACCACAAGCAAUGGGCUGUUGGUCCCUUCAAUCCAGUUGAGAUCAAUGAGCAGAAAAACACAGAACAGAGACAAUAUUGCCUGGAGUGGCUUGACAAACAAGGCUCAAACUCGGUCAUUUUUGUUUGCUUUGGUUCGAAUACUUCAGUAUCACACGAGGAAGCCACGCAGAUCGCGAUUGGAUUAGAGAAAAGUGGGCAAAAAUUCAUAUGGAUACUGAAGGAUGGAGAUAAAGGAGAUAUCUUCAAGGGAGAAGUUAGCAGAGUUCAGUUGCUUGGAGGAUUCGACAAAAGAACUGAAGGAAGAGGAAUAAUUGUGAGGGAUUGGGCACCCCAACUGGAGAUUCUUGGACAUUCAUCAACAGGUGGAUUCAUGAGUCACUGCGCAAGGUUGGGGAAACGCUCUUCUUAUCAGCACGCCGAGCUCAUCAGGUACGAGUGGUUGUGCUGA